GCCCGCCCGCUGCUGUCUGGCGGGGGAGGAGCAGGACCCAGAGCAGCGGCUUUGACGGUCGUGGCGGUUGGAGGUCCGAAAGCUCUACUCCUCCGGAGAGCGCGUGUGUGACGGGACUGUUUCAGGCCAUCCACGAGCCAGCAGGAAAGGAUUUCCAGCCAGAGAAAGACGACAUCUGAAGUCCCAAUGCACAGAUCAGCCCCCAGUCAAACCGCCAAGAGGAGCCGAUUGCCACUGUCCAGCGUUCGUCGUCGUUGGGAUGACAGUGAGAACUCGGGAAGCAGCUUGAAUGUAGAUAAUGAGGACUACUCCAGGUACCCGCUAAGAGAGUACAGGGUUCCAGGUAGCAGAAGAGGAAUGGCUUAUGGACCUAUUGACUGUUUACGGGAAGAUGAGAGCGAAGAGGAGGGGGCUGGGCCUGUGGCGCUAGCGCCAGUGCGAGGGAAAACUGGCAAGUUUAAAGAUGACGCAGAGAAAGGGGCAAGGUCUUUGGUUGGGAUGCCCCCCCAGUUGCCUGGUUUUAACCAUGAUGUGAGGGGCCAGCUUAGCAAGCUAGACCCAGCCCCCUCUGCCAGAGCUGGGUAUCUGCAGCAGAAGAGCAUGGUGUCUCAGACCUCUGCUGUGGGACGCAAGGUGGCCGCAAAAGGUGACAGUAUGGAGAGGGAGAGACGUGAGCAGAGCUUUCCUGUGCGUCUCAGCAGGGCUCCUGUGAGUCUUUGUGGUGGUGGGGAAAACACCCCAAAGGGUGGAGAGGAACCAGUGGUGAGGCCCAAAAUCAGAAACCUGGCCAGUCCCAGCUGCGUGAAACCAAAAAUAUUUUUUGAUACUGAUGAUGAUGACGAUAUGCCACACAGUACUUCCAGGUGGAGGGGUACUGCCAGCACUGAUGAAGGCCCCUCAGAUGGCCUGGCGAGAAGAGGCAGAGGUGAGAGUUCAAGUGGCCACUCUGAGCCGAAGUACCCCGAAGACAAGAGGGAGGCCAGGAAUGAACAAGUGAAGCCAGAAAAGAUGCCGAGACGGCGACGAACCAUGGCCGACCCUGACUUCUGGACGUAUAGCGACGGUUACUACAAAUACUGUGAUGAAGACUCUGAUAGUGACAAAGAGUGGACUGCUGCUUUGCGUCGGAAGUAUCGAGGUCGGGAACAAAACCUGUCGUCCAGUGGCGAAAGCUGGGAGACUCUGCCAGGGAAAGAAGACCACAGACCUGAGCCAGCCAGGGUGAAUGGCGCUGCCGGCGCCAGCUCCGGCAGCAGUGGCGGCAAAGAACUUGAAGUCCGAGGACCAUCUCUUCAGGAGGCGGAGCAGGUGUCCCCGGAAGGAGGAGAAGCCCCUUGGCUCCAAUACAAUGAAAAUGAGAGCGGCAGUGAGGGCGAUAAUGAUUCGGGCCAGGAGUUUCUGCAGCCUGGGGUCUUCAUGCUGGAUGGCAACAACAACCUUGAAGAUGACUCCAGCGUGAGCGAAGACCUAGAAGUGGAUUGGAGCCUCUUCGAUGGGUUUGCAGAUGGGUUGGGGGUGGCGGAAGCCAUUUCCUAUGUGGAUCCGCAGUUCCUCACAUACAUGGCACUCGAAGAACGCCUGGCCCAGGCGAUGGAAACGGCCCUCGCACACUUGGAGUCCCUUGCUGUAGACGUGGAGGUGGCCAACCCACCAGCGAGCAAGGAGAGCAUCAACACUCUUCCCGAGAUCCUGGUCACUGAAGACCACAGCGCAGUGGGCCAAGAAAUGUGCUGCCCCAUCUGUUGCAGUGAAUAUGUGAAGGGGGAGGUGGCGACCGAGCUGCCAUGCCACCACUAUUUCCACAAGCCCUGCGUGUCCAUCUGGCUCCAGAAGUCCGGCACCUGCCCUGUGUGCCGCUGCAUGUUCCCUCCCCCACUCUAAGGCCAAGGCUCUUUACUCCUGGUCUGCUGAUUUUCCCCAUCCCAGAUCCACAACACUGCAGGAGCCCUCUCAAAAUUAACAAGUGAAAUGAAACCAAUCAUUAACCCACACCUGUUGAUUUCUUGUGAUCAUUUCCAAUGUGAAAACAGUUGUGUACGGUUGCAGUAAAAAUCAUCCUGUCUUUUAGAGGUUAGAAAGGACAAACUAAACUUUCUAAAUGCUACUUGACAUUGCAGUAAGAAUAUACAUUUUCUAACCUGAACAUUGAAAUCAGUUGCACUUGUUUUCUUUGGUAGACUAUGUUGCUGUUAACUGUAACGUCGAGUUCUCUGUUAAAUAUGUCCAAAAGGCAUCACCAUUUCUGUUGCAUGUUAUGGGUUAACGUUCCUGUAAUUGCAGUGCCGUAAGAGCUUAUUAAAAUUCUUUUGGUAUUUCAUGGUA